AUAGUCAAGACGCCAUUCGCAUUGCAGCACCCAUUCGCUUCACUACCUUGUUCCCUCACCUCCCAUGCCGGAAAGGCGGGUCCGAAGUUCCAAGACAAGCGUCAGCGGGGUAGCCGGUCGCUCGUGCGGGGGGAUGUGAGUGGCAUGGCCACGCAACCCGCGUGAAAGAGACGGGAGAUCUCUCAGAUGGCUACUUAUUCAUUACAUGCCUCUCCGUCUAGUAUGCGAGUCAUUCUUGCGCGAGACACGUUGGAAGAUACGCCUAAGCAACCCAGACACAGCUAGGAUUGUUUCCACCUAACUGUUGACCGCAGCUCAUCAUGGCCGCUCCAGCUCUCCCCCAGUCUCUCCAGGAUUCGAUCGCGGCCACCAAGGUCGACUACCGCCAGCUCGGUAACAGCGGCCUUAGGAUCUCGGUCCCCAUCUUCGGCUGCAUGAGCUUCGGCGACACCAAGGCGCUAUCGUGGGCCCUCAACGAAGAACAGGUGAGAUACUACCCCACGAGAGCAGGGCCCAAGGUUUCCCCCUUUGGCCCAGGGCGUCGCCGAGAGCUCACUAGCGAUUACUCUUCGCCAUAUAGGCCCUGCCCCUGCUCAAGUACGCCUACGACAGGGGCCUGAACACCUGGGACACGGCCAACGUCUACUCGCAGGGCGCGAGCGAGGUCAUCGUCGGCAAGGCGCUCAAGAAGUACAACAUCCCGCGCGAGAAGGUCGUCAUCAUGACCAAGUGUUUCUGGGCCGUCGGCGAGACGCCCGACGUCCGCCACUUCAUCUACCGCGACGCCCUCGCCGGCGCCAAGGACUACGUCAACCAAUACGGCCUCUCGCGCCUGGCCAUCUUCAACGCCGUCGAGGCCUCGCUCAAGCGCCUCGAUACCGACUACAUCGACCUGUUCCAGAUCCACCGCUUCGACUACAACACGCCCCCCGAGGAGACCAUGAGGGCUCUGCACGACCUUGUCCAGUCCGGCAAGGUCAGGUAUAUCGGCGCCAGUAGCAUGUGGGCCGUCAACUUCGCGCGGCUGCAGUUCGUGGCGGAGAAGAACGGGUGGACCAAGUUUGUGUCGAUGCAGAACCACUACAAUCUGCUGUACCGGGAGGAGGAGCGGGAGAUGAACCGGUUCUGCGGGGACACAGGGGUCGGGCUGAUCCCGUGGGCGCCGCUGUGCCGAGGGCACCUGGCGCGGCCGCCGACGGCGUUCGGGACGACGGAGCGCAGCCGGCUCGAGCGCGACGCGCAGCCCGGGUCGCACGGCACCGUCGAGCCGGACCUGACCAUCAUCCGGCGCGUGCAGGAGCUCGCGGCGAAGCACGGCUGGCCCAUGAGCCACGUCGCGCUCGCCUGGAUCAACCGCCGCGUGGCGAGCCCCAUCAUCGGCUUCUCGAGCGUCGCCCGCAUCGACGAGGCCGUCGCCGCCCGCGGCAAGACCCUCACCGAGGAGGAGGAAAAGUUCCUCGAGGAGCUCUACCUGCCGAAGCAGAUCUCCGGCCACUUCUGAUCCCGGGCCCCGUCCGGGACGAGAGCGGCGGACGGUAUGGCGUGCCCGGCUGCGUGCUGCAUUAGGAAGGGAGGGUUUGUUGCUCGCAGACAGGGGCGGUCGUAUAAGUACGGGUACAAUAAGCAUUUCGUCGCGGUACUAGACUGCUGCUUCUUAGUAAAAAGAAACGCGUCGUGCGUUUGUCCUAGGCCAAGUUUAAACGCUGCUUACAGUUGUAGAGGGCGUAGCGAAUGUGAUGCCUGUGCAGAGAAUUCCUCAAAUCCUCGUGGUCGCCUCAGCCCGUGGUCUCUCUCGCACGAUGUGCUGCUGCAGAUCACGCCUCGCGCGUAGUUCAAGCAAUAGCAAUAAGACGCAAAAGCGACAGGGGCACGAAAAGGAGUAGGCAUUGCCCAUCGCCACACAGAGUGUCCGUAUGCGGUAGCCAUAGGUACAUGGCAAGUCGACGACUAGCAAAAAA